AAACUCCUCUUUCAAAACCUCUCUCCGCCGCCACAAUGCCCACGCCGGCGAGACUCGCCAUCCUCACCAUCUUCUUCCUUUCAUUAACCUCCUCAUCUCGGUCCUUUGACACCUGCAGCCAAACAAAAAUGCGUGACCCUCAGAGCCUUCGGUGCGAUCAGAUCACGGUUGUGAUGAACGGAUUCUCGGAAGAGCGGAUCCCUCUGCUCCAAUCCCUAGCAACGGCGUACUCCCUGUCGACACUGGUCUCGUCAGUGCUCGUGCUCUGGGGCAACCCCUCCACACCGCUACGUGUCCUGCAGCAAUUGGCCCGCAACCUCAGCUCCUCCUCUUCCGAGGCCAGCAUCACCCUCCUCCCCCAACCGUCGAGCAGCCUCAACCUCCGGUUUCUCCCCCGCCCAAACCACAUCAAAACGAAGGCCGUUUUGAUCUGCGAUGAUGACGUAGAGGUCCACCCUCGAACCCUGGAGUUCGCGUUCCGCAUCUGGUCUUCCAACCAAGACCGCAUAGUGGGGCUCUUCGCCCGCUCCCACGACUUCGACCUGAACCGGAAGGAAUGGGUGUACACGGUUCACCCGGACCGGUUCUCAAUCAUGCUCACCAAGUUCAUGCUCCUCAAGAGCGAGUAUCUCUACCGUUACACGUGCGGUGGCGGAGAGAAGAUGGCCUCGAUGAGGAGAAUGGUUGAUUCGGUGCGGAACUGCGAGGAUAUACUCAUGAACAUAGUGGUGUCGGAGGUGGCGAAGGUGGGGCCGGUGUUGGUCGGGGCGAGGAGAGUGAGGGAUUACGGUGACGCCAGGAAUGACGAAGGCGGGGAAGGAUACGGUAGCGGUGGGUUGAGUGGUCGGAAAGGGGAGCAUAGGAGGCGGAGAGGGUGGUGCAUAACAGAGUUUCAUAGGGUACUGGGAAUGAUGCCGUUGAGAUACAAUUAUGGGAAGGUGGUUGAUUCCGUUGGGGAACAGGCCCUCUGUAACAAGCGGGGCAAACUCGUCUUUUGCGAUCACUCCUUCAUGGAUAGUUAAUUACAUAAGUAUUAGUUAGCGGUAAAAGUAUGAGAUGGUAAUUGUAACACCAUUGCUAAUAGCAACUAGUUUACUUUUCACAUUACUCAAAUGCCAUGUUUAACGAAAUAUUAAGCGUAUGUUUGGAUUGAGAUUGUCAAACUGUAGUUUAGAUUUUAUAGAAUUGA